GGGAAACUUGCGUUUGCCAACCAGCGAAGGACUGCCAAUGCCCAAGAUAAGCGCAGAGGAAGUGAGGGUGGCACUGCGCAGCCACGAGUGCGUGUGCAUUGACGUGGACAGCACAGCAUGCACGGAUGAAGGCAUCGACGUGCUCGCAGAGGCAGCAGGUUGCGGCCAGGAAGUGGCAGACUGGACGAGAAAGGCGAUGGGUGGGAACGUGACGUUUCAAGAGUCUUUCGCAGCACGCUUGAACAUCAUCAAGCCCACGACUGACCUGAUCAGCAGAGUUGUGGCUCGCGGUCCAAGUCUGACUCCUGGCGUCAAGGAGUUUGUGGAACAACUGCACGCCCUGGACAAGAAAGUGUACCUCAUCUCAGGCGGUAUCCGCGACCUUGUUGCGCCCGUUGCCGAUGCGCUGUCCAUCCCGCGCGACCGCAUCUUUGCAAACGUCCUCCAUUUCAACGACGCUGGUGAGUACACACAUUUUGACGAGACACAGCCCACUUCGCGCUCUGGCGGGAAACCAGAGGCAAUUCACGCCAUCAAGCAGCGGCCAGGCCACGAUAGGGUUGUGAUGAUUGGCGACGGCGUCACGGACAUGGAGGCUCGCCCACCAGCGGACCUGUUCAUUGGAUUUGGUGGCAACGUCGUGAGGGAGAAGGUGCAAGCUGGCUGCGAUUUCUUCGCAACGGACUUUGACAUGCUCACCACCAUGCUCAAGGAACAAUGAUGCAAAUGCAUGCGACGUGAUGUGAUGCGUCAUGGAUGGAUGGAUGGAUGGAUGGACGGUCGCGGAGUCAAGCUGAAUUGCAUUCAAGUUCGUUCGUUCGUUCGUUCGUUCGUUCAUUCAUUUGUUAGUUUGGGGUCGCGCUUUGGCUGCCACGUAAGCAAACACAUUUUCGUUCAUGUCAGGCGAGGUGAGAAUGUGUGUGUGUGGUCACUCCCUGGUCUCUUCAGGGUGCAUGUGGUUGACUGUUGGUUGGCGCUGUCACCAUCACUGCCACUGCUGCUGGGUGCGUUUCUUGAUGGGCACAACAAACUUGAACGAUGAAAGUGACUGGUCAACAAACGAUAAACCACACACCACA